AUGUCCGAGCCGCAUCGAAAUGGCGAAGAGUCUGCCCAAGGCGCGACACCCUUGCGUAGAGAACGAGCACCCACAAUCACCAUCGAUACCUCCGCGGUAAACUCCCCCGACGCCAGCGAUUACCCGGUUCAACUUCUCUCGACUCCGCCCCAGCCAUCGCUCAAGCUCUCCACGGAUACCGUCGAGUCGGAUACAAAUGCUCUUAGCAGUCCCAGCAAUGUCUCCCCAACAGACAUGCGAUGCAGCGCGUCCAUCCGUUCCAAUGCCUCGUCAGAAGCCCGGGAUCGUGAACGAGACGACCGGCCAACCUCGCCCCAUAAUAUCUCAUCCCCAAACAAGACCAAGACACCCGAGGUCCAUUCGAAUUUCCUGUCGGUACCUGGAACACGGUCUCGCGGCAAUUCGUUGGAAUCGGAGGAUACCAGCCAGUCAUUAAGCACUUAUGGCGGAGAUACUUAUGUGUCCACUGCGUCUCACGGCUCACGAUCUGAUCUUAUUAAGAAAAAUGCCAACGUCGACGAUGAGGAUGCGCUUACCCCGGAUCCAGGCCGAGAAAGCGAGUUCGAGGUGGAAAAUAACAAAUUCGCCUUCUCUCCUGGCCAGUUGAACAAAUUACUCAAUCCCAAGAGUUUUGCUGCAUUUCGUGCGCUCGGUGGAUUGCGUGGUUUGGAAAAGGGGUUGCGCACUGACGCGCAGAGCGGUCUUAGCGUGGACGAGACGACACUCGAAGGUGCUGUGAGCUUCGAGGACGUUACCACUUCCAGCCCUGCGACGAAGGCAUCCUCACCGACAGCGCCCCCGCCUGGUAACUCUUCGAUUGUUACAGAAUCAGACCAGUCAUUUGGGGACCGACGACGGGUAUAUGGCACUAAUGUCUUACCAGAGAGGAAGCUCAAGACAAUUUGGGAGUUGGCAUGGAUUGCUUACAACGACAAAGUGCUGAUUCUACUGACGAUCGCCGCUAUCAUCUCUCUUGCUGUCGGUAUCCCGCAAUCCCUGCACCCCACGAAUGGAGAACCAGGCGUGGAAUGGGUCGAGGGCCUGGCAAUUCUGAUCGCCAUUAUCAUUGUGGUAGUAGUGGGUGCAGCAAAUGACUGGCAGAAAGAACGACAGUUUGCCAAGCUCAACAAGAAGAAGGAAAACCGCCUGGUCAAGGUAAUUCGAUCUGGCAAGACAGCUGAAGUCUCGAUCCAUGACCUCGUUGUCGGAGAUGUCAUGCACCUGGAGCCAGGCGACAUGGUUCCAGUCGAUGGUAUUUUGAUUGAUGGCCACGACGUCAAAUGUGACGAAUCUUCAGCUACUGGAGAAUCGGAUAUUUUACGGAAAACUCCUGGUGAUGAAGUCUACCGAGCUAUCGAGCACCACGAAGAUCUCCGAAAAAUGGAUCCGUUUAUCAUUUCCGGCGCAAAGGUAUCCGAGGGCGUGGGCAAAUUUCUGGUCACUGCGACAGGUGUGAAUGCCACCCAUGGCCGAACUUUGAUGUCCCUCCAGGAGGAAGGUGAAACAACUCCAUUGCAGACUAAGCUCAACAAGCUGGCCGAGUACAUUGCCAAGCUUGGUCUAGCAUCUGGAUUGCUGCUGUUUGUUGUCCUUUUCAUUAAGUUCCUGGUUCGAUUGAAGGACAUUGAAGGCGGUGCCGAUGCGAAGGGCCAGGAUUUCCUGCAGAUUUUCAUCGUCGCCGUGACCAUUGUCGUUGUUGCUGUUCCCGAAGGAUUGCCGCUGGCGGUGACACUCGCUCUCGCUUUUGCGACGACAAGAAUGAUUAAAGAUAACAAUUUGGUCCGUUUCCUCAAGGCUUGUGAGACCAUGGGAAAUGCGACGACUAUUUGCUCCGACAAGACUGGAACCCUAACCGAAAAUAAAAUGAGCGCUGUUGCUGCUACUCUGGGCACUACGUCUAGGUUUGGAGAUAAAUCUACAGACCCGGCCACUGAACAGUCUGGGGAUGUGUCCGCCGCAGAAUUUGUUGCAACACUCUCGCCCUCGGUCAAAGAUCUUCUUCUCAAACACAUUGUUUUGAACUCCACUGCCUUCGAAGGAGAGCAGGAUGGUGUCAACCAGUUUAUUGGAUCCAAGACAGAGACUGCGCUGCUUCAUUUUGCUCGCGAACAUCUUGGAAUGGGGCCGCCUGCCGAGAGUCGCGCUAGCACGAAACUUGCGCAGAUGUUUCCCUUUGAUUCCAGCCGCAAGUGCAUGGCUGUUGUGAUUCAACUGGAGAACGGUAAAUACCGCAUGCUUGUCAAGGGUGCUGCAGAGAUUUUGAUGUCCAAAUCGACUCGAAUCAUCCGAGACCCAACUGCAGAGUUGUCCGAGGUACCCAUUACCGAGGAAAAUCGCAACACUUUGGACACCAUCAUGACAAAUUACACAUCUCGAUCCUUGCGUUGUAUCGCUCUCGUUUACCGGGACUUUGAACAGUGGCCCCCUCGUGGGGCCGCGACUCAGGAAAGUGACCGCAACAUGGCUGUCUUUGAGUCCAUCUUCAAAGACAUGUGUCUCUUCGGUUUGUUCGGUAUUCAGGAUCCCGUUCGGGCUGGUGUUGCGGAAGCCGUUCACACCUGUCAGCGUGCGGGCGUCUUUGUUCGCAUGGUAACUGGCGACAACAUCAAUACGGCCAAAGCCAUUGCCCAGGAAUGUGGUAUCUACACACCCGGUGGUAUUGCCAUUGAGGGUCCUCAAUUCCGCAAGCUGAGCUCGAAGCAAAUGAAUCAAAUUAUCCCGAGACUGCAGGUCAUUGCACGAUCGAGCCCCGAAGAUAAGAAGAUUCUUGUGAACCAACUCAAGAAGUUGGGUGAGACUGUCGCUGUGACCGGAGAUGGUACCAAUGAUGCCCAAGCUCUCAAAAACGCCGAUGUCGGUUUUGCGAUGGGUGUUACUGGUACUGAAGUUGCUAAGGAGGCAUCAGAUAUUAUCCUGAUGGAUGACAACUUUGCGUCCAUUGUCAAAGCUAUGGCUUGGGGUCGCACGGUCAGUGACGCGGUGAAGAAGUUCCUUCAGUUCCAAAUCACUGUCAACAUCACGGCUGUCAUCCUCACCUUCGUGUCUGCAGUUGCUAGCAGCUCAGAGGACUCUGUUCUUAGUGCGGUUCAACUGUUGUGGGUCAACUUGAUCAUGGACACCUUUGCCGCCCUUGCACUUGCAACGGAUCCCCCAUCCCCAUACGUCCUCGACCGCCGACCUGAGCCAAAAUCGUCUCCACUUAUCACGGUUACUAUGUGGAAAAUGAUCAUUGGACAAGCGAUCUAUCAAUUGGUGGUGACUUUUGUGCUGAACUUUGCUGGUCAAUCCAUAUUUCCCUGGAAUGAUGAUAUCAUGCAGACGGUUGUGUUCAACACUUUUGUCUUCAUGCAAAUUUUCAACCAGUACAACUCUCGCCGUAUUGAUAACAAGCUCAACAUCAUGGAAGGAAUUUGGCGAAACAAAUGGUUCAUCGGCAUCCAAACCAUCAUCAUUGGAGGUCAAGUCUUGAUCAUCUUUGUUGGUGGCCAAGCGUUUUCGGUCAAGCGUCUCGAUCAAGGAAGCCAGUGGGCUGUCAGCUUAGUUCUUGGUGCCAUCUCACUGCCGAUAGCCGUUGUCAUCCGUCUUAUUCCCGAUUCAUUCGCUAGCAAACUUGUCCCGCACUUUUGGCACCGUAAGAAGGCUGGUCCUGAGCUUGUUGUUUCAGACGAGGACCGUCGCUACGAGUGGAACCCGGCUCUGGAGGAGAUUCGUGAUCAGCUUGCAUUCAUCAAGACUGUUCGUGGUGGUCGCUUGAGCCAUAUUCGACACAAGCUUCAGCAUCCGCAGGAACUCCUCCCUCGGUCUCGGAGCGGUUCUCGGUCUCGGGAAUCUUCGGCUCCACCCACGCCAACCGGUGAUGAUAACGGAAGCCCGCCUCCUAUGCCCGCAACCCCGGAGUCUCGCUCUCGGCGCAAUACCCGCUCCCGAUCCAACUCGACGUUUGGACCUGCCGCUGCCAUGGCUGGUAUCGUGGCCGGUAGUAUCGCCGGAUGGUCGCCUAUUGAACGAGGUCACGAAGAUGGCGACUCCAUGAGCUUCCCAAAUAUGGAUGGUCAUGGUGGCUUGGAUGGUCAGCAGGGCAUUGAAGUUCAUCCUGAUACGGCUGCCGAUGACCGUGUUUUGGGCGAAUACUCUGUAACCUCCAAGACCCCGCCGAGUCAAAAUCCAGACCUGACCCCUUUCUUUGAACACGCUCCCACAACGGAUCGAGCACCAUCAAGUCGCGGCCGUCGAUCUCUUUCUCAGCGCUCUCGAUCGAGUCUGAGUCCAUCCCAGGUAUAG